AUGGCUAACGUUGAACCUGUUAACAUGAUUACAGCAGUGGAAUCAAUCCUUAGACAAAAGCAACAGAGGAGACUAAGAGCCUCAUCCGACACCGUGUCACCCCUCCUAAUGGCCCACAGCCCGCGGGGAGUGCUUUCCAAGGUCGGACGUGAUGCGCUCAGAGAACUCGAGGCCGACGAAGACUUGGUUAUCGUGCCAGCGGACAGAGGGCCUUCCACUGUUGUAUUGCGCAGGACAGACUAUCUUCAAAAAGCCAAAGGUUUACUGGAGGACCGACAGUUCCAUGCCCCAUGUGCAACGAACCCUGUAAAAGCGCUGACACGCGAAAUUAAUGCUACGUUGUUGGCCUUGGAGAACUCAGGUGCAAUAACACCGACCGACAGACGCAUGGCGAGACCCCAAGAUACGGCUUUUGCCAAAUUCUAUGGCCUCCCUAAAGUGCACAAAGAGGGCGCACCCCUCCUACUCAUCGUGUCGCUCAAAGGUACUUCAACGUACGGACUGGCAAAGGGGCUGUUCCGGCGUCUCAAGUUCCUGACCGCUGACUCAGACGCCACAGUCUCUUCGUCAGCACAAUUCCUGGAGAAACUCAAAGGCGUCAAUCUCCAUCCAAAUGAGGUCAUGGUAUCCUUUGAUGUUACAUCCCUUUUUACUUCUAUUCCUCAGGACAUGGCGAUCGAGACAAUGGAGCUGCUUCUACAAAGCAAAUACGAUGAAACGGAGAAACGUCUUGGACACGCCCAAGUCCUUCAGCUCCUGAAGUUCUGUCUCAGGACGUGCUUCGCGUUCGACGGGACAAUCUACAAACAGGGGAAGGGCGCACCAAUGGGUUCGCCGAUUUCGGGAUUCAUCGUUAAGGCGGUCCUGCAACGGUUAGAGUCGCUGAUCUUCCAACACCACAGACGGAAGUUCUGGGCUCGGUAUGUGGAUAAUACCGUCGUCGUUAUCGACCGGGAUCAACUGCUGACAUUCAAAGAACCUGUCAAUGUAGUCUUUCCGGACAUACAAUUUACGAUUGAGGGGAAGAGGACAACCAGCUGGCCUUCCUGGAUGUGCGCGUAUGCCGCAAAGAUUGUGGUGGCCUAA